AUGUUUGGAAAGGCAGCUAUUGUCAAUGUGCUCGUGAGCGCCGUGUCCGCGGGCACGAUCCUUUGGGAUGGCCGCUUCAACGAAAUGACAUCUUCUUCUGAUCUAGACAAGUGGUCUUGGGCAAACCAAGUAGGCAGUGAGUACUACGUUCAGGCUACACGUCAAACAUCACUGACAAAGCCUCUUCCUCGUCCAGAUUACCAAUACUACAUCCACGGAUCGGGUGCUACCACCAAAUACGUAAAUCUCUCGCCAAACUACAAGAAUCCUGGGGACACUGGCAGCAAGCAAGGUGCCAAGAUCACGAUCGACAACACAGCCAAGUGGAACAGCGACAUGUGGAGGACGGAGCUCAUUCCUCAGACCACAGCUGCUAUCAACAAAGGCACCGUAUAUUACCACUUCUCGAUCAAGAGGUCCACUACCAAUGUUCCGAGUGCGACAAACGAACACCAGAUCUGUUUCUUCGAGAGCCAUUUCACAGAGUUGAAGUACGGAUGGGUCAACGGAGAGUCUGGCACUAGCAACACCAACCUGCAGUGGAUGGUGGGUGGCCAGAGCAAGUGGAAGGUCGAGCUCAAGGCCGAUGAAUGGCACAACGUAGCUUACGAGAUCAACUUUUCAUCCAACCAAGUUACCUUCUGGCACUCGACUGGUAACAACACGCUUGUUAAGACUGCUGGACCGUUCUCCAGUAGCACUUCUUCAAACGGCGCCGACUGGCAUCUUGGUGUUCUUCGUCUUCCCCGCCAGGGCAACGAUGGGACAGGUGCGGAGGACUGGUUCUUCUCUGGGACGUACAUUGAGAGCGGUUCACUCACUACUUCAGUUGCUAGUCCUGCAGCAUAG